UUAAUUAAAACCUUCAUUUUAAAUCCAUCCCCAAAGAAAGUUUUUCCCAAAAGUUUGUAUUUCUUUAAAUUGUAAAAAAAAUAAAAAAAAGUUCUGGAAAAACAAAAAUUGCAGAAUUCGCUCGUAUACGGUUCCUUGUCUCUCGCUUGUAUCGAUCUCGAUUUCCAGUAUUUAAUCCUCACAUUGUCUUUGUUUUUUUUGUUUUCUUUCUUCAGGACUCACUGAUUUACCAGAUCCGAGUUCGCCAAGUCUCGAUUUUGGGUACACAAAAAUGUUUUAAGGAAAAAAAUAGCAUCGAACUCAGUUUUAGCAUUGUUUGUUUGAAAACUGGGUUUUUCUUUAACUUCGAAAAGCUUCAGCGGGGCAAUCAAUGGUUUUUUCCUUUGAUCCUUGUAAUUUUCUAAGAAUUGGGGUUUCAUAGAAGAAUUAUUAAAAGAAACUAGUGUUUUUAGGAUCUGGCGCUUGGAUAUAAGGAAAAUUUACAAUCGUAUUAAGGAAUUGGUUUGGAAAUUCUUUGAGGUUUUUGCUGAUCUUGUGUAUUCGGAAAUUGAAAGUUGUAUUUCAAUUGUAGUCAUGUUCUAUGGGGCGAUGGUAUGGGAUCCUUGGCUUAUUGUAGCCCAAAUUGUUUGCCUUCAAUGCUUAUACUACCUCACCCUUGGAGUCUUUUUGUCCUUUCUUGUUGGCACUCAUGUUUCUCAUAUGAGCUUAGUCUAUUUCUUUGACUUUGCUACUAUUACAUCCUCAACCGUUGUCGGCUGGUGUGUCAUUGCUUCCUUUCUGUUCAGCUCUGUUGCAGGAGCUGGAUACAUGAUUUAUUUGAUUGAAAGGGCAAAUAAGUGCUUAGAUUUUUCAGCCACCCUCUAUAUUAUCCAUCUUUUUAUAUGCCUUGUAUAUGGAGGUUGGCCUUCCUCUGUAACCUGGUGGGUUGUGAAUGGUACUGGAGUUGCAGUGAUGGCUUUGCUAGGUGAAUAUUUAUGCAUUAAACGGGAACAGAGAGAGAUUCCUACUCGAUACAGAUCAAAUAUUUGACUGACAAAGAAUCAUGUGUGAAGAAAUCCCUUAUUUAAAAUUCAUGGUAUUUCUUCACUUCUUUGGAGGAGCUUAAGGAUAUAGUUCUUUAGAUAUGGAUUCAAAGGCGCUACGAGGAAGCACUAGCUUAAGUUAAAUAAUAUGUGUUCAGUGCUUCUGGUUAUAAUCAAGAAGUGAUUCUAAGGAUGGCAGAGAGGAGCGGUAAAAGCUUGGAACUUGUGGUGCUCAAGUGAUAUGAAGCUGGAGCAUACGAGGCUAGAUAUGCAUUCAUUCAAGGUAGAUCUAAGAAUACAAUCAUAGGCCGCUUUGCGAAAGAUGAUUCAUUGCAUCUAAUAUACUGUUUUCUGAUAUUAUUUGCAUAACUGAGUAGUUUUUCAUUCUCUAAUAGAAUUGUUUGAUAGUAUACAAUUUAUUUUCCAAAAUAAAUUGGUUCUAGUAACAUGAAAA